AUUUUAUGAGAUGGAGAGCAAAAUGCGAAAAUCAGACGAGAGAUGAGAUAAUUCAAUAACGGUGUUUAAAGCCAUCUUUACUGCUUUAAGAGUUUGAAGUAUAGUUAAAUUAAAAUACGAGGUAAUAAUCAAAGAACAACUCUUUUCGUCUUAAAGGGAAUACGAAGAAAUCAUCACCAAGCAUUCACCAACCUUUUGAAACUGCUUAAGUUGCGUUUCCGCGACGUAAUUUUUUUGAGCCGGAAAUAUUGUUAAAGAAGCAAAUAGGUACCGUAACCUGGUUAAGAAGCUAAUUUAGGUCGUUGAUUUUCCGUUAUUUUGAAUUGUGUAACAAAAAAAUCAGGAUGUCCUUGUAUCCAUCGCUGGAAGAUCUGAAAGUAGACAAGGUGAUCCAGGCACAGACUGCUUUUGCAUCUGACCCAACCACCCCUGCUAUUUUUUCUGAAGCCUCAGCUCCUCCAGUGUUUCAGGAAAAAGGUUUGUACCCUAGACUUUAUCCAGAGUUAUCAGAGUUCAUGGGUCUUUGUCUUGAGGAGGAGGAAAUACGGAGGAGUAUGUCCCUACUUCCACAGUCAGUAUCUGCAGGGCAACUGGCCCCAAGACCUGGUGCUGUCAACUAUACAGUAGCACCUGUCACUGGAAAUGAUGUUGGAGUCCGCAGGGCAGAAAUUAAGCAAGGAUGUCGAGAAGUUUUUCUGUGUAAAGACCAAGAUGGCAGGAUUGGGCUCCGUGUUAAAUCAAUUGACAAUGGUGUUUUUAUCCAGUUAGUGCAAGCAAACUCCCCUGCAGCCUUGGCCAGCCUGAGAUUUGGAGACCAAUUACUUCAGAUUAAUGGUGAGAAUUGUGCUGGAUGGAGUACAGACAAAACACACAAAGUUCUUAAACAGGCUUCAGGACAAAGAAUCAGUAUCAUUGCUCGAGACAGGCCUUUUGAACGCACUGUAACUAUGCAUAAAGACAGUGUUGGGCAUGUUGGUUUCAUCUUAAAGAAUGGAAAGAUAACAUCAAUAGUGAAGGACAGUUCUGCUGCUAGAAAUGGACUUCUCACUGAACAUAACAUCUGUGAGAUAAAUGGACAGAAUGUUAUUGGUUUGAAGGAUUCCCAGAUCACAGAUAUUCUAUCAACAGCUGGCAGUGUCGUGACCAUAACCAUCAUGCCCUCUUUUCUUUAUGAGCACAUGAUGAAAAAAAUGGCUUCAGGCAUUAUGAAGAGUUUGAUGGAUCACUCUGUUCCAGAAGUUUAGAUGGUAUCCACCAUUUUACUCAUUCUUGUCUGUUCUACAGAGGACUUCAGCUAGGUUACAUUAAAAGGUGUUGACCCGAAGACCAAGUGUAUACUGAAACAUUUGCAUGGACCAUUAUAGCAGCAGUGUAGUAAAACAGAAAAUGCUAUUUCUUGUCUUUUAUGCUGCAUCUUAUAUGCUGCAUGUUAGAAUAUUUUAACGCACAUAUUUCCCAUCUGUUGAGAAAAGUAAAUUUUUUCAGGAAUGGAAGAGUUUCAUAUGUACACUUAUAAAGUUUUCAAAUAUAACUUUGUAGAAUCAUAUAAAAUGUAGGUUCUGUUUUUGAAUUCAGUCUUUCAAGAAUAGUUACCAGCGGUUCCUUGGUUUUACCUAAUCUUGCAGUCUAAUUGGUGUUUUGAGUCACCGUCUAUCACAGGUGCAGUCUAAGUGUUUUUUGAGAGUAAAACACAUUAGUGGUCUGUUUUGUAACUGCUUUUUGUCAUUCUUUAAAUUUGUUCCAAGUACUUAGUGUGCAUUAUGCUUAGUAUUCUUAGUCAUGCUGUCUUGUGUUUAUUGGUACAAGGUAACAUGAUGAGUCCAUUAAAAUACCCUACCGCACUUUAGAAAUCAACAUGCUGUUUUAUCAUGCUUGAAUGAUGUCUAAUACAUCUGUAAUUUGCAUUUUCUUUGCAUGCCAGCAGACUGGAAAAUCUUAAUUAACUGUUAAUGUUGGGGUAUGCCUUUUGAAUUUAAUUCAGAAGUUGAGUAAGAUAAUAUUAAUAAAUUACAUUGUUUUA